AUGAGAUCAAACGCGAGGGAGAUGCAUCGUCAAUUACAAACACUUGGACAAGUCUAACUUUUUUUUUCUUUUACAAAAACGCUUUCAAAAGCAACCUUAGCAACGCCCAAAUAAGAAGCCACCUCUAAGCAAAAUAGUAUAUGUAUAAAGGGAGGGCGGAUAUAAACAAAUAUAUAUGUAUAUUACAGACGCACAGGUUUACACCCGGUAAACUUUUUCUUUUUUCUUUUUUUAAGAAAAACUAGUGACAUUGCAAAGAAGGACGCUUCCUCUCUAUCUUUUGGCGCAUUAGUGAAGGGGGUAUUCUAUUUCGUUAAACGCCCAAGGGGGCGCAGGGACCUUGGAGAGAAGAGUGGGGAGGAAAGAGGAAGGGUGGGUGGGGGGCAGAGGGCGAGGCGGCGAGGGCAAGCGCUUUCUUGAGGCACGAUGCCGUCUCUGCUGGUGCUCACUUUCUCCCCGUGCGUCCUUCUCGGCUGGGCGUUGCUGGCAGGCGGCACUGGUGGCGGUGGCGUUGGCGGCGGCGGCGGGGGCGCGGGCAUAGGCGGCGGACGCCGGGAGAGAGAGGCGCUGCCGCCGCAGAAGAUCGAGGUGCUGGUGUUACUGCCCCAGGAUGACUCGUACUUGUUUUCACUGACCCGAGUGCGGCCGGCCAUCGAGUACGCUCUGCGCAGCGUGGAGGGCAACGGGACUGGGAGGCGGCUUCUGCCGCCGGGCACUCGCUUCCAGGUGGCUUACGAGGACUCGGACUGUGGGAACCGUGCGCUCUUCAGCUUGGUAGACCGCGUGGCGGCGGCGCGGGGCACCAAGCCUGACCUUAUCCUGGGGCCAGUGUGCGAGUAUGCAGCAGCGCCAGUGGCCCGGCUUGCAUCGCACUGGGACCUGCCCAUGCUGUCGGCCGGGGCGCUGGCCGCCGGCUUCCAGCACAAGGACUCUGAGUACUCUCACCUCACGCGCGUGGCGCCCGCCUACGCCAAGAUGGGCGAAAUGAUGCUCGCCCUGUUCCGCCACCACCACUGGAGCCGCGCUGCGCUGGUCUACAGCGACGACAAGCUGGAGCGGAACUGCUUCUUCACCCUCGAGGGGGUCCACGAGGUCUUCCAGGAGGAGGGUUUGCACACGUCCAUCUACAGUUUCGACGAGACCAAAGACUUGGAUCUGGAAGACAUCGUGCGCAAUAUCCAGGCCAGUGAGAGAGUGGUGAUCAUGUGUGCGAGCAGUGACACCAUCCGGAGCAUCAUGCUGGCGGCGCACAGGCAUGGCAUGACCAGUGGAGACUACGCCUUCUUCAACAUUGAACUCUUCAACAGCUCUUCCUAUGGAGAUGGCUCGUGGAAGAGAGGAGACAAACACGACUUUGAAGCUAAGCAAGCAUACUCGUCCCUCCAGACGGUCACUCUACUGAGGACAGUGAAACCUGAGUUUGAGAAGUUUUCCAUGGAGGUGAAAAGUUCGGUUGAGAAACAGGGGCUCAAUAUGGAGGAUUACGUUAACAUGUUUGUUGAAGGAUUCCACGAUGCCAUCCUCCUCUACGUCUUGGCUCUACAUGAAGUACUCAGAGCUGGUUACAGCAAAAAGGAUGGAGGGAAAAUUAUACAGCAGACUUGGAACAGAACAUUUGAAGGUAUCGCCGGUCAGGUAUCCAUAGAUGCCAAUGGAGAUCGAUAUGGGGAUUUCUCUGUGAUUGCCAUGACUGAUGUGGAGGCGGGCACCCAGGAGGUUAUUGGUGAUUACUUUGGAAAAGAAGGUCGUUUUGAAAUGCGGCCGAAUGUCAAAUAUCCUUGGGGCCCUUUAAAACUGAGAAUAGAUGAAAACCGAAUUGUAGAGCACACAAACAGCUCUCCCUGCAAAUCAUCAGGUGGCCUAGAAGAAUCGGCAGUGACAGGAAUUGUUGUGGGGGCCUUACUAGGAGCUGGCUUGCUAAUGGCCUUCUACUUUUUCAGGAAGAAAUACAGAAUAACCAUUGAGAGGCGAAACCAGCAAGAAGAAAGUAACCUUGGAAAACAUCGGGAAUUACGGGAAGAUUCCAUCAGAUCCCAUUUUUCAGUGGCUUAAAGGAAGCCCCCCGCUUUUUUUUUUUUUUUUUUUUUCUGCCUGAGAUUCUUUAAGGAGAUAGAUGGGAUGAAAGACAUCAAUGAAACAGAAAGGGCGUUCUUGAAGAAUUCAUUAUUUUAAGCAGUUAGUCAUUUCAUUUUAAAAUUUCUUUAGAAGCUCAGGAACUAUUGUUAAUCACCAUCUGCCUCCAGGCCUUUCAUCUCAUGACAAACAAAUGUAAUAAUGAUAUCAUGUCACUCUGUUAAAUGUUCAUACUGUUUCAAGGGCAUAUGAUUAGAUUUAUGUUUUUAAAAUCUGAUGUCUCUAUAUCUUGAUGGCUUUUGGCAGCA